AUGGCAUGGAAGGGACUGGUGAAGCAGGCACAGCGCUACCUAGAUAAAGAGCGCCUGCUGUACCAAUUUGCAAGCGCAGAGGACCUUACCCAAUGGAAGGUGUUCACAGACAGAGAGUAUGGUGGUCAAUCGACUGCAGAGCUGUCCCUAUUUAGCGAAUCCAGGGAUGGGACAGCAACUGCUAGCUUCCAUGGCAACAUGUCAGUGGAGAUCGAUGAGGAGACAGAAGGCAAACGGAUGCAACGGAGUGGCUUUGCUGGGCUAAGAACAGAGGAGAUGGAGGGGCAGUACAUGGAUGUGGAAGGCUAUGAUGCGCUGGCAUUCCGCAUGCGCAGUGAUGGAAGGAAAUACAUCGCAAAUCUGCGCACCGCUAACUGGAUAGUUGGCGAGGAGAAUUCGCAUGAUGUCUGGCAGGCAUUCCUCCUUGGAAGGAAGGGGGCAUGGCAGGAGGUGGUACUGCCGAUGGAUCGAUUUCUGCUGACGCACAAGGGGCGACUGGUGGAGACAAGGUCGGAGAUGAAUCCCCAUCGCAUUGUGAGCCUAGGAAUCAGCCUGGCAGCAGGGGGCAGCGAUGCGGAGAAGACAGGGCCGUUCUGUUUAGACCUGGAGUGGAUAAAGGCAGUCCGGGCUCAAAUAUAA